CAACUGAUUAGAUUUUCAUGAUUGUAAUUAUCAAUGGUUGAUUUGUGAUUACGGUUUUUGUUUCUUUGCAAUCAAGCUUUUCGAGAUUACGUGGAACCUAGGGAUAUCUGGGGCUUCUAGGGAUAUGGAAUUUUUCACUGCAGCUCUUUGCAGAUGUCAAUAAACAUUGGGAGAAUUCUUGAUAAUUGUAAACAUUGGGACCGGGGGCCUACGAAAACCGGAUUUUUACUGGUAAAGGUCAAUGGGUGAGGUUUAAUGAGGGAGGGGAUUUGUUUUUUACUUGGUCGUGAUGGGAAUUGACAAAUGAAAAGUGAAGCGAAAAACAAUUGGCGUUUGGGAAAAGUCAGUCAGAGGUAAUUUCCGAGGAUCAAGGGUCAUCACAGGGUAAUGAAUGUUGUGAAUAAAUUUCGUGUAGUUUUAUUGUAUUUUCUUUGUACCAUCUGAAGAUGGCCUGUUUGGAAACAACUCCGCAGAUGUACAGUAAGUGGUGGGAGAAGAAAAGUUUGAAAGAUAAAAUUGAAAUAAAUAACGUAAAUCCUCAAAAUGGCACGAUACUGAGUGUUGCUAGUGGUACGUCCUCCGUGAAAUCUGUUGAACUGGAUGAAUUCGAGAAGAAAGUUCUGGCGUUGAAGAGUGUCCUGAAUCGUGACUCUCAUGCUGCUGAUUUAAAAUGGUCUCUAUUCGUAGCUGCAUGCAAUACCUAUCGUCAUGACAGUUGCUUGAAACCCUUUCCCUCGUCGUACAUCCAGGGUGAAUUCAAAGAUAUUGAAAAAUUGAGGAAAGUUGUGGAAGGAAUUCCACCAUUUGCCAUCAUCUACGACAGAUUAGAAGAUACUAAGCUCUACGAAACUUAUAAAGAAGCUAUCGAAUUGCUCUAUUGGGUUUUAAUAACUCAUCGGGACCCCUACCUCAAGUCCGCGAAAAAAGAAAACUACGAGACAAUACUGAGCAAAGUUCCGUCCGAAGUGAUGGUUGCAAGGCCAAAUUUAAUAUUCCAAGUGGCAACUCCAAAUCAAUCGUCCAAGGAGGAUCGCUGGAAAGCAUCAAUAAAAGGUCAUUCCACUUUUUACGCCUACCAUGGAAGUAGAUUGGAGAACUUUCAUUCCAUUAUUCAUUAUGGUAUUCAGCAACACAUGAGCCAGCCUGGGCUCUUUGGAGAUGGCAUUUAUUUGUCUAGUGAACUGGGUGUCAGUCUGGGAUUCAGUCCAGUAGGAUACGGUUGGGGUGGAAGUAUGUUGGGCAGUGAAAUAAGUUGCAUUGCAUUGUGUGAAGUUAUUAAUCAUCCAGAUGUGAAAAAGGGAGACACGACUCGUGAUGUUCCCAAGGGCUUCGAGCUGUCAGUGAGGAAUAAAAUUCCAAAUAAAUAUUAUUUGGUACAGAAUAGUGAUUUGGUGAGGAUUCGGCAUUUAUUGGUCUACAGUCAGGAUUUUUGCUCGCUUAAAAAGACUGAAAGCACUGGAAUUGUCGGCUGGUUCAAACAGAACAAGUUCCUAACAUUUGUCCUUGGAUAUGUUGUGUUGUUAGUCUCAGUUGGAUUGAGUCAAAAUAGAAGUGUGGAAAAAUACUACAGACUUUUCAUUCAAAAAGCUGGUCUCGAUUAACUCCGAUAUUUAUCAUUUAGACAAAUUUAUUGCCAGAUUAAACGGGCAUUUUUUGAGUGAUCACUUUUUUCGACGAUUAUUUCAAUUAUGACAACAAUCAUUAUACAUCGCGAGGAAAUCAUAUAAAACGGAUAA